GAUGGUGCUGGCUGCUCGGAGCCUGGUGUCCUGACAUCUAUAAAUCAGAGGAAGAUACAGCAGCAGGCAUACACACACACUGACAUACAGACAUUGUCGUCGCUGCCAUGGAGCCUGAAAUCCAACUGGAAUCUUUCCAUGUGUCCAGCACCAUGGGCUUUGUCCUGGACGAUCCAAAGACCGAUCUCCCAGAGUACUACCAGCCAUGGAUGAGCAUCGCCAUGGACCUCCCCCAGCUGAUCCAAACUCAUCAGCUCCAGGACAGGGUCCAUGAGAUGCCGCUGUUGAGCACCACGCAUCUCCAAGGGCACAGAGAAGAGAGGCUGGCACACCUGGCACUGGGCUUCAUCACCAUGGGCUAUGUGUGGCAGGAAGGAGAGCACCAGCCAGUCAAGACGCUCCCCAGGCAGCUGGCUGAGCCGUACUGCAAAGUGUCGGAGGCCUUGGACCUGCCGCCCAUCCUGGUUUAUGCCGACUGUGUGCUGGCCAACUGGAAGCUGAGGGACCCCACAGGCCCGUUCGAAAUUGGGAACAUGGACACCAUAUUCAAGUUUCCUGGGGAGGAAUCAUGCAGGGGCUUCUUCCUGGUCUCCCUGGUGGUGGAACAGGCUGCAUGCACAGGGAUGGAGGGAAUUGCCAUGGUGAUGAACUCCAUGCUGACCCAGGACAAUCGUGGUGUGCAUGAUGGCCUAGAGAUGGUGAACAAUUCUCUGUUGAAGAUGAAGGAGAUGUUUGGACUCAUGCGCAGUCAUGUGAAGCCCGACGUCUUUUAUGGGACACUGCGGAUCUUCUUUACUGGUUGGAUGGACAACCCAGCCCUGCCCGAUGGGCUAUGCUAUGAGGGGCUCUUCACGAAGCAGUUGAGGGGGGGCAGCGCUGCCCAGAGCUCCAGCAUCCAAUGUUUUGAUGCUCUGUUGGGUGUCAAACAAGUGGAGACAUCAGCUGACAGCUACCUGAAGGACAUCCGCAAUUACAUGCCCCCAGCCCACCGGCACCUGAUCGAGGUCCUCGAGAGUCGGACUCCCUUGCGUUCGUACGUGGAGAAUUCUGGCGAGCAGGAUCUCAUCGACACCUACGACAAGUGUGUUAAGGCCCUGGUGGACCUGCGAUGCUACCACCUGCAGGCUGUAAGCAGCUAUGUGUCUGCGCCCAGUAAGAGAGCACACAGGGGCGACCCCGCCCCCAGGGAGGAAAAGGGCACAGGUGGCACAGAUGCCUUCUGUUUCCUGAAGAGCGUCCGGGACUCGACCAAGAAUGUCCUCAUCAGCCCUAAAUGAGGCGCUCUACACUCUUCCCAACCAUAGUCUUACAGCAUGAGCUAUCAGCUAACAAUUAUCCUAUCAAUUUAAAGCUUAGAAGAUAUUUAAUAUUUUUUUCAAUAGAUUAUACACAUUUCAAUGCCUCAUUUUCACAAAACUAUGAGCACACAUCCACAAAUAGCUCUCAGAAGUGAACAAAUCUUGCUCCAAAUAUAACACUAUGUUCACCAGAACAGCACUUUGUGGCAAAUUCUAGCAAUGCAUGCAGUUCACACUUGAUGAAAAAUUAAAUACACUCACUGUGCUCUAUCCUUUUUGGAAGAAUGGUACUGGGGUAGGGGGAAUUAUGGAGUUAAUGUUUUGUCUUAGGCCUUAGGUAUGAAGAUGCUGUUGCAUUCUGGGAUUGUGGUUAGGCAUUAGGCAAGAACAUGUUGUGAGAUUUGGGGAGGUAGGAACAACACCUUGUCCUAGGCUUCGGGCCAGAGUGUGUUGUUGUUGUUUUGGUGAAAUUCGGGAGAGGAAGGAUGCUGGAGAAAAUACGCUGUCGAACACGCAGAUCUGGUGCCAGUCAAGGAACUGUCCUAAUUGGGAAGAGAGGAUGCAUUGGUUGGGUUUGUGAGGGAAGACUGUCAUGCUAACGAUGAACUGCACAUGAGCGAUUGGGAGGGGGAAACCCUACUUUAAUUCUGUUUGUGGUAAUUUGAGUACAAACAACAUGUAAUGAUAGAACAAUAGGGAAUUAAUCUAUCAUGGAAUUAUUAUGUAUGUACUUUGUAAGCAAGAUUGGAGGUCAGAAAAGGGAAUUCGAUUUGCAACGUCUUACUA